AGGACAAUGUCUUUUCGGCACACUCGCUUAUGAAGAGUGCUGCUACCUGUAACUGUGCAUUUUAGCUGUUCUUGGCUGUUCCCGCUAGGGUGAGCCCUUUAGAUUCGAGUGGCAUAUCAGUGGUACACCACAGAAGAAAAGAAAAAGAGGAUGGAGUACUUGUGUUGCCUCUUAAUGCAGAGUAGACUCACAUACACACAGCACAAAAGUCCAACAUGAUCAAUGCUUUCAUCAUAUUUUCUGUCACACUACUGUGUCUUCCAGGUUCUGGGGUUUGUUCUGUAUUUCAGACUCCUCCUGAUCUCAUUAAAAAUCUAAAUGAGAUUGCUGAGAUCAAAUGUGCACACAAUGUAUCGAGCUAUAAUCUCAUUCUGUGGUACAAACACAGCCAGGACACAGGAUUUACAUUCAUGGGAUACCUUUUGGCUACUUCUUUAAAGCCUGAGGCAGAAUUUACAACCAAAAUCAAACUGAGUGGUGAUGGGAGCAAAAACGGAGUUGCUGGAGCGAAUGAUGUCUCUCAGUCCAAUGAAAUCUUGAUUAAAAAGGGUCAAUCAACCACAGUGAACUGCUCACACACCAAGGGUACAUCUUACGAUCAGAUGUAUUGGUAUCGUCAGUAUAAUGGAGAGAGUAUGGAACUCAUAGUGUACUCUCCUACAUAUGGCACUCCCGAGUUUGGAAAGUUCAGCCAAAGUAAAUUUGCAGUGACUAAAUCAAAUCCUGAGAGCGGCUCUUUCACAGUAAAUAAUGUGGACUAUAAUGAUAGUGCUGUGUAUUUUUGUGCCGUGAGUGAACACAGUGUUAUAGCUACAGGGCAGAGCUGUACAAAAACACACUGGGGGUCUCAGAAUUGGAGACGCCUAAAGAUGGCAGUAUGAUGCAACAAAUUCUGAUAAAGAAUUAUAAUGAAUUUAAAGUCUAUUUUCCCCUAUGUGGAGUCUGGCAGGGUUUUGUGUGUCUUAUUUUGUGUCAUUUACCAAAUGACUAUGUUUUCUAUCAGCCAAUUAUAAUAAUGAACACUGACAUUUCUGAGGUAACAUUAUACUCCUAGUUGUUUAGUGCAAUAGAGUCAAGGUUGUUCAAGUGCAAAGAGCAAAAUGAAGAAGAUUCAAAGCAUCUGUGCAUUUUUUAUUUAUUUUACAGACAGUGGUUCAAAAUCACUGUAAACUUUCUGAAUCAUGUCAGACAGAUUUGUUAAGUUUCCCACAGAAUUUCACAUUUGCUAUUUUUUAUAACUUGCUGUCCAUGAUGAAAUCACAAAUGUGGUAAAGCACAUCGUCAAAAUACACAGCUACUAGUGUACACAGGACAAUGUCUUUUUGGCACACUCGCUUAUGAAGAGUGCUGCUACCUGUAACUGUGCAUUUUAGCUGUUCUUGGCUGUUCCCGCUAGGGUGAGCCCUUUAGAUUCGAGUGGCAUAUCAGUGUUACACCACAGAAGAAGAGAAAAAGAGGAUGGAUGUUAGCAAUAUGAUCUUUUUGACAAAUCUAAUUUUUAUUAAUAAAAUUGUUGAAAUGUAUUCUUUAGUAGCCUUGGCGAACCUUCCUAUCUUGACCUUCUUGGAGACAGGAUGCUCCUGUCUUUGCUGACCUGUACCUUUUGUGCUAUCGCGUGACUGAAUGUUAGAAGACCAAGGGCGUUCAGUUAGAAGAUAGCUAUAAGCACAUCCUGUUCCCUUUUCUUACGCACAUAUGUUUCUGACCCCUAUCUCUGUCAACACAUGAUAACUCUGUCCGUGUCGCAAUGACCUCUCCGCCUUUCCUACGCACUAUGGCUUGGACUGAUGUGUACAUAUACCCUGCUUUGCAGCCCAGUUCUCUGAGCAGUUGUAUUGAAUAAACCAGACUUGAUUUUAAUCGUGUGGGUUGUUCUUUCAUUGCUCCGGAGCGCUCCUAAGGCCUUGCAGAGAAGAGACACAGACGAGAGGGCAGGGGAUCUUUCUUACAAUUUGGUGACCCCGACGUGAUACUCUCGACCAGUGAUCAGAAGUAAGAACUGACGGCCAUCGGUAGAACUUAUUCUUCCACAGAGUUGAAGAGGGGGAAUGGUCUAAGUAAGCCCGUGGAUGACCUCCGUCGCACCUCAGACCUUCCUGUGCCGCCUCUUCGGACAUUCUCCACAUUGCAGGAAGUGUUGGGAGAAGCAGCGAGGGACUGAACAGCAACCUCUUCUUGAGAAAAGCGCAGCCAGUGACCAGUAUGGCUGCCAUCGCUCUCCGAGAACCGCAGUACAUGCGUUAUGAAAUUUAUCUAAUGAUCAAUACACUGAUACAUUCAUGUAAUUAUACUUAUUAGUUAUUAAGUAUAAAAGAGGGGAUUGUUGAAAUGUAUUCUUUAGUAGCCUUGGCGAACCUUCCUAUCUUGACCUUCUUGGAGACAGGAUGCUCCUGUCUUUGCUGACCUGUACAUUUUGUGCUAUCGCGUGACUGGAUGUUAGAAGACCAAGGGCGUUCAGUUAGAAGAUAGCUAUAAGCACAUCCUGUUCCCUUUUCUUACGCACAUAUGUUUCUGACCCCUAUCUCUGUCAACACACGAUAACUCUGUCCGUGUCGCAAUGACCUCUCCCCCCUUUCCUACGCACUAUGGCUUGGACUGAUGUGUACAUAUACCCUGCUUUGCAGCCCAGUUCUCUGAGCAGUUGUAUUGAAUAAACCAGACUUGAUUUUAA